AUGCCUUCCACUUCUUCCCACUCUUCUCGCUCUUCACGUCUUUCCUACUCCUCACGUUCUUCCCACUCUUCCUCUCACAAUAAACAGCUAGUAAAGGCCGUAUCUUCCUCUUCGUCCAAGCACCAGUCCAAGUCCCCUAGAGAGCCUGGUAUCAAGUCUGUCGCCCAGCAAGCUGAGCUAGACAUCUACCAGUCACAGAACAACGACCUCUGGAAGGAUGUCAAGCAUACCCAGGGUAAUAAAAGCACCUUAAUUCUCGCUGUCGUAGCACCGGAUCAGAGAAAGCCCAUGAAAAGACUCAUCGAGGACAAGGCGAAGCAUAAAAAGAUCCAAUCCUCGGUUGUGGUCACUACUCAAGAUCAGUUGCAGCAGCAGCUUCGCUGUGUCAUUGACAGUGGCGUCAAGAAAACCUACAAGUCUCUACACUUAAUUGUGAGCUCGACAGUUUCUCAAUUGACUUACCACAUUGAAAACUUUGUGGACCAAGUCUUUGUCAAAUCAUGUGGGUCAGCUGGACGGCAAGAUGCCCUCUACAUUAGCGCGUCUUCCACCUAUUGCGGUUGGCAGACGUAUGCGUGGUCUCAUCGCCCUCAAGAAGCCCGGUUCCAGAAACAGCUCACCCACCAUGAGGGUUGCUUGUUUGACAUGAGGGAUGUUAGCCCCCAGGAACUUUCCUAUCUCAGUCAGCCCAGAGAGCAACCAAACCUUUCGGACGACGCUAGGAGGGACGUCAUGGCUCAAAUGGAGUCACUCAAAGACGAUGUCGUUACUGAAUACAGUGAGGAGAGCGUCCAGUCACCUAAUGAUCAUGUCAACUCAUGGUUCCAGCAGUGGAAGAGGCUUCUAGCCACUGUCAUCGAAGCUGGUGCAAACGCGAGCGGCGCUGGGAUUAUCAGUGGCAUGUGGAUGGGCAGUGAGGGGCUCAUCAUAAAGGGACCAUUUGGUCUUUACAUCGCUGCAGGAAACUCUGGGGCUGGGCUAAGGAAAGCUUUACUUGGAUCAAGAACAAGAUUACCGAGUUAG